AUGGCAGCUCGAAAGCGAGCUUCAACAGACUCGUCCGCACAAACCAAACCAAACGAGACCACCACACGACCCAAACCCAAAGAACCUCCAUUAACAGACCCGCCAAUUGCACCCCCAAAGUCAGGUGUAAUUCUCAAGCUCACGCUCUUCUUCUCAAUCCCAUACUUUUACCUCAUCUUCUAUCACUGCAAGAUCGAACAUGAACUUCGAAAAUCGAUUCUCAUCAAUGCGGCUCUCAGCCUUGCCGGGUUCUUCGUCACCGUUAAGAUGAUCCCCGUGGCUUCCAGAUACGUUCUCAGGCGCAACCUCUUUGGCUAUGACAUUAACAAAAAGGGUACCCCGCAGGGCACUGUCGAAGUGCCUGAGUCAUUGGGUAUUGUUGUUGGAAUUGUUUUCUUGGUCUUGGGAAUCCUAUUCCAGUAUUUCAACUUCACUGCAGAUUCAAAUUGGCUAGUCGAGUACAAUGCAGCAUUAGCAUCCAUAUGCUUUAUGGUAUUGCUUGGAUUUGUAGAUGAUGUUCUUGAUGUACCUUGGAGGGUGAAAUUACUACUGCCAUCCAUUGCAGCUCUACCUCUGCUGAUGGCCUAUGCUGGACAUACAACUAUCAUCAUACCGAAGCCUCUUGUUCCAUAUGUUGGGCUUGAGACAGUCGUCAUUGCAUCUGCUAUUUUAAUACACAAUAUCAUGCAAAUUGGAGCAUCUGCAGAUUCUGAGUAUAAGAUGGCACAUGCAUUCUCUUUAUAUCUUGUCCAACCCUUAUUAGCCACCUCGUUGGCGUUGUUCUCUUACAACUGGUAUCCUUCUUCAGCUUUUGUUGGAGAUACAUACACAUACUUUGCUGGGAUGACGAUGGCAGUAGCUGGGAUUUUAGGCCAUUUUAGUGAAACACUCCUGAUUUUCUUUGUCCCUCAAGUAUUGAACUUUCUCUUGUCACUGCCCCAGCUUGCCGGCAUUGUUCCAUGUCCACGGCAUCGUCUUCCUAGGUUUGAUCCUGGCACUGGACUGCUGACUGGGACAAAUGAUGGGACGCUUGUAAACUUUUUUCUAAGACGAUUUGGCAGGAUGACGGAGAAGUCGAUUUGCAUCUGUCUUCUAGUUUUCCAGGCCAUCGCUUGCUGCUUCUGUUUCGUGCUGAGAUGUUUCCUUGCUGGCUGGUACAAGUGA